GCGCCUCAUUCCCAGGUCGCCGCUGGUCAAGCGGCUGUGAUCGCGAGGCGCCCGCGCUAGCGCCGCCCGGGUCUAACUCCAGACUCGAGGAAGCCCUGCUGCUAGAGGAGACUCUCCGGGUCGCGGAGCCCCUGCCACCACCCCGCGGUCUCCCGCUUUCGGCCUGGGUCGGCUCUCGCCGGCCGCCGCUGCUCGCCGGCCGUGCGCAUCAGCGCCUGCUGCCCAGGGCAUCUCCGAGGUGGCCCCAGGGACAUCUCCGAGGGAAUCUGCGAGAUGCAGCUGUCCAGAUGUGAGAGCAGAGGAAGGACUUACAGACUCACCAGGAUGCUUUCCAACCGCGCCUUCUCUGCAGUCAGUCUCUGUAACCUGUGUCUCGGGGUGUGCAUGAUCCUACAAUUUGGUUCGUCAUCUGCUUUUGUUGCUGCCGCAGAAGAAACAUACCAGAACGUUACUGAGUACCCAAAAGAAUCUUGCACUGCGAACCUGAUAUUACGAAACUUCCGGCUAGUUUUAUCAUUGGAAUUAGAGAACAAGUCGCUCCCACCCACUCACUAUACAUUUUGGAGCACAUUCAUGAGCACACAAGAAGAUCCGAAGGUGCUUGAGAACUGUAGAAAUAUCACGGAACCAUCUUGCGACGUGACAGACAAGUGGAAUGACACGCAUGCGGUCUAUGUUCCCAUCAUCGUCAUUUACAGAGGAGACUCCAUGCCGAGCCAUUGUGAUCCCUAUGUCUUGAACACAGACAUUAUACCUGAGCCGCCAGAAUUUGAGGUUAUUGGCUUCGUGGAUCACAUCAACGUGACAGUGAAAUUCCCACCUGUCACCCCCAAGAUAUACGGGGAGAGCAUAUGGGAAGUACUAGGCUCUAAGUCAUUUGUCAUCGAAGAGCGGGCGGGCAAGAGCAUGAGGAUGCACAAUCCCAAAAUGAAUAACCCCACGGGGAACUUCACCUAUGUCCUCCGAGACUUACUUCCAAAGACAAAUUAUUGUGUGUCCGUUUAUUUUAAUGCUGGAAAGAUGGAAGACACUAUUAAGUCCCCCUUUAAAUGCACUCUCCUUCCGCCUGGCCAGGAAGCAGCUCUAGGAAUGAUUCCACCUCCUAAGAAUGUUAAGAUGAAUUCAGUUAACUUCAAGAACAUUCUACAAUGGGAGUCGCCCGCUUUCCCCAAGGAGAAUCUGACGUUCACAGCUCAGUAUGAAAGUUACCGGUAUUUCCAAGAUCAGUGCAAGAACACUGCCUCGACCCAGUGCGACUUCUCACUUCUGUCUAAGUAUGGUGACCACACGGUGAGAGUCAGGGCAGAGUCUGCAGACGAGCUCUCCGAGUGGGUACGAGUCACCUUCUGCCCUAUGGAUGACACCAUCAUUGGACCUCCUGAGAUGCAUAUAGAAUCUCUCGCUGAUUCUCUGCACAUGCGUUUCUCAGCCCCCAAAAUUGAAAAUGAACCUGAGAAGUGGACCAUGAAGAACUUGUAUAACUCGUGGGCUUAUCGGGUGCAAUACUGGAAAAACGGGACUAGCGAGAAGUUCCAAGUCAUUUCUCGGUACGACUCCGAGGUCCUCAGAGGCCUGGAGCCAUGGACAACUUAUUGCAUUCAAGUUCAAGGAUUUCUUCUUGAUCAAAACAGAACUGGAGAAUGGAGCAAACCUAUCUGUGAGCGGACAACCAACGAUGAAACGACCCCUUCCUGGAUGGUGGCCAUCAUCUUGGUCACCUCCGUUUUCGUGGCCUUCCUCUUCCUCCUCGGCUGCUUCGUCUUGCUGUGGUUCAUAUAUAAGAAGGCCAAGCACACCUUCCAUUCUGGGACGUCAAUUCCACAGCACCUGAAGGAGUUUCUGGGCCAUCCUCACCACAGCACUUUCCCGCUGUUCUCCUCCCCGCUCUCUGAUGAGACCGAGGUGUUCGACAGACUGAGUAUCGUCACUGAAGUGUCUAAAGGCAGCAGGCAGAAUCCUGGAGACAGCUGUGCCCUGGGGACCCUGUGUGAGCCAGGACCUCAAGAGCUGGGAUCCAAGGACAAAGCCCCCUCAUGGGCACAGGAGGAGCCCUUGCUUCUCACGUCCACCUCAGAAGUAUGAUCAGAAGGGCUGGUUGGGAAACUGAUGGCCAGUUGGGACUGGUGUUGGACUUGUACAGACAACCCAAGAGCCAGGUUUUCAAAGCCCCAGUGAGAAAAAUCCUCCAUUUGGAAGUUUGCAGCUUUAUAAAAACUAAUAGUUUAGGGGCUGAGGGUGUAGCUGAUAGAAUGCUUACCCAACAUACAUGGAGUCCUAGCUUCAAUCCCCAACACCAUGUAAGCUAGGAAUAGCGGUGACUGCCUUUAAGCACAACUCUUGGGAGGUAGAGGCAGGAGGGCAGGAGCUCAGGGCCAAGCUGGACUGGAGACCCUGUCUAAAAAGGAAGAAGAGAGAGUCUUUAAUAACUAUUUUUUGAGCGACCACUGAAUGUAAUUUGAGCCCUUUGUGCUCACUGAAGCUAGAACCACACUGAAAUUGUGACAAGCAGAAACAAGGGGCAAAACUGGAAACGCAGUAAGACCGUAAGAACGUCUGUGGACGGCCUCAUCUCAGAGGUGGGUGGCCCUAUGCUGGACAAGCAUGGAUGUUUUGGAUUCUCAAGGAUCAAAGAGAGUUCCUUCCUACCUGUGUGUUUUGUAUUUACUGGUGUACUAUGAAUAUUCUAUAUUUGUUUAUUUGUGUUUUCUCGCU